UAUCCCUUCUCUGUAUCUGCCCAGAAGUCGCUCACUAUGUCUGCUGCCCGUCUGUCCCCUGCUACUCUGCGCAUGACCUCGCGUCGCUCUCAGGUGGCGCUCAAGGGUGUGAGAUACGCCAGCGAGCACCAUGGCAACGGCGCACCGCCCCAUCUUCCUUUUGCCUACAAGAACAAGGGCCCUUUCGUCGCGAAGCUCAGUGCCUUCUGUGUUAUUGGCUUUGGUCUUCCAUUCUGGGUGACCCGAUACUCACUCAAGAAGUCUGGUGGCGCGUAAACUAUCCGGACGUGGUAGUUAUAGCUUGUAUAAAGUUGGAGGUGUACGAGUAGAAGGCAUUCUCAUCAAGUCCGUGUGUAUCAUAUCAAGGGCAAAACGCCCAUCCUCUGCAAACUCGAACCUAAGAUAUGGAGUACUUGUUCAGACCCG